CGCAGCAAUGGCGACACCAUGCCGCGUCACUGUUCCGCCGCCGGCUGCUGCACACGGGACACGCGCGAAACGCGCAACCGCGGCAUCUCCUUCCACAGACUUCCCAAGAAAGACAACCCGCGACGAGGCUUGUGGUUGGCCAACUGCCAGCGGCUGGACCCGAGCGGCCAGGGCCUGUGGGACCCGGCGUCCGAGUACAUCUACUUCUGUUCCAAGCACUUCGAAGAGAAUUGCUUCGAGCUGGUGGGAAUCAGCGGGUAUCACAGGCUGAAGGAAGGGGCGGUCCCCACGAUAUUUGAGUCUUUCUCCAAGUUGCGCCGGACAUGCAAGACUAAGGGGCGCAGUUACCCACCUGGUCCUCCUGAAGUCAGUCGGCUCCAGCGAUGCAGGAAACGCUGCUCUGAAGGCCGUGGACCCACAACUCCAUUUUCUCCUCCUCCACCUGCUGACAUCCCCUGCUUUCCCGUAGAAGAGGCCUCAGCACCUGCGGCUUUGCCGACCUCUCCAGCUGGGAGGCUGGAGCCUGGCCUCAGCAGCCCCUUCUCAGACCUCCUGGGGCCCCUGGGCGCCCAGGCAGAUGAAGCAGGCUGCAGCACCCAGCCUUCUCCGGAGUGCGAGCCGGAGCGGCAGCCCUCCCCUCUGGAGCCUCGGCCUGUCUCCCCCUCAGCGUACAUGCUGCGCCUGCCACCCCCCGCGGGGGCCUACAUCCAAAAUGAGCACAGCUAUCAGGUGGGCAGUGCCCUGCUCUGGAAGAGGCGGGCCGAGGCAGCCCUCGAUGCCCUGGACAAGGCCCAGCGCCAGCUGCAGGCCUGCAAGCGACGGGAGCAGCGGCUACGGCUGCGCCUCACCAAGCUGCAGCAGGAGCGGGCGCGGGAGAAGCGGGCACAGGCUGACGCCCGCCAGACUCUGAAGGAGCACGUGCAGGACUUUGCCAUGCAGCUGGGCAGCAGCUUGGCCUGAGGGAUGGGCACUGGGCCCCAGCUGACAGAGAGGCAGUGCCAGCCUCCUCUCCCUCUGAUUCUGCCCAAGAGGGACCCAAAUGAACUGUGUCCACCAGACCUGACCAGAUGCCAUAAUAAAACAGAUGUGAGAAUGA